GAAAGAUAAUUUGUUAAGAAAAAAAAUUAAAAAAAAAAAAAAUAAAAUAAUUAAAAGAAGAUAAAAAUCGUGAUGGAAGAAUUUCCAUCAAACGUUACCGAAUUAUCUAAUAAUUACGAUUACAUUAUUGACAACAACAACAACAACAACAACAACAAUAGCUUUAAUAUCAGUACUAAUACUAAUUACAAUCAACUUAAUUUACCAUACACCGUUUGUGAAAUACUCGUAGCAAUAUGUGCUGUAUUUGGAAAUGGUUUGGUCAUCAUAGUAUUUGGCAAAGAAAAAAAAUUACGAAGACGUACGAAUUAUUAUAUCAUAUCAUUGGCAACAGCUGAUCUUUUAGUUGGUUUAUUUGCCAUACCUUUUGCGAUAUUGGCCAGUAUAGGUUUACCAACAAAUUUACACGCAUGUCUUUUCACGGUAUCGGUAUUGGUCGUACUUUGCACUAUCAGUAUCUUUUGCCUUGUGGCAGUAUCCGUAGAUCGUUAUUGGGCUAUUCUUCAUCCCAUGGGAUAUUCUCGUACAGUACGAACGAAAACUGCCAUAGGUAUAAUCUGUGUAUGUUGGAUCACCGGCACGUUGGUUGGAUUUUUACCACUUUUAGGAUGGAAUGCUGGAAAGAAAUCCGACGAAAAGUGUAUUUUCACUCAGGUGAUGGACUACGAUUAUCUGGUCUUCCUAUAUUUCGCCACCAUCAUAUUUCCAGCUUUAUUAAUCGUCGCAUUUUAUGCCCUUAUUUAUAGGGUUGUAAUAAAACAGGAUAAAAGUCCCUUUUUGGAUUCGGGGGUUAAGAUGCAACGACGAACUUCCAAAGAUCCAACAAAGUCUCGGUCACGUUUGCUCGAUGGGAAAACACGAUCGACAGGAUGCUUUCAGUUGCAGCAAAUAGUCACGAUGAAUCCUGGACGUCGUACCGGAGGUGGUAGCAUUUCUGGUCUAGCUGGUUGUACCACUUCUUCGAUUAGAGCUGGAACUGGUGCUGGUGGUGCUGGUGAUGCUGGUGGUGCUGGUAUUGGUGCUGGUGCUGGAAGUAAUCAUCAUACAACCGGAACUAUGCAACGUUUCAAGAGGGAUGUCAAGGCCACUCAAAAUCUAUCCCACAUAGUAAUAUUCUUCAUCAUCUGUUGGUUUCCACUUUACACGAUUAACUGCGUUAUGGCUUUUUGUCCUCAAUGCCAAGUGAACGAAUUCUUCAUGAACCUAUGUAUAAUUUUAUCUCAUUUGAAUUCAGUCGGAAAUCCUCUUCUUUAUGCCUACCACCUUAAAGAUUUUCGCGAGGCAUUGAAGAAUUAUUGGCGAUUGUUAUUUUCUAAUGGGGAAGUUAAAUCUAGCGUCCCUAACGUUAUGCAUGAAAGAGGAGGCUCUUUUGCUGGCUCGCAAAGACAAUAUCAGAGACAAUCUUUCGCUGGUACUUUACCAAUUGGGAGACAAAGGUCCAGUCUUUUGAGACAGGUUACGGAUUUCCAAGCUAAAGAAAUGUCUUCGUUGAGUCGAGCAUCUUCCAUUCGUGACAAAAAACAACGAGACGAGAUACCAUCGAAUUCUUCAUCACCGAGUGAAACAAAACGACGUAUCAUCGGCACCGAAUAUCCAUUGAACGACGAGUCUAGUCUUUCAUCUGCAAAUGAAAAAAAUUAUUCAGAACAUUCCGAAUCUGUUGGUGGUGGUGGUGACACACCGUCAAUCGAUUCUCUACCGAUGGAAUUACAAAUUUAUAAAAAAGAACUCAUGAACGUUGUUCCAACAUCUGCGGAAGUAGAUCGUUCCGAUCAUUCCGAAGAACACCCACCCACCUCGAUUUUCAUAAUUGAAGCGGAUGUUAAUCGAACUGUGUCGAAUCGAAAUAAAUGCGAAGAGGAUUCCUACGAGAGGCAGGACGAAAGAGGAUAAUCCUUAUUCAAAGAAUAAUUUAUGGUUUCAACGAUAUGUACGAUAAUGUAUUGCAUGCAUGUAUAGGCAAUUUGAAAAUUGAUUUCGAUCUGAUUGGUCGACGAUUAAUGUCGAAUUGGAAAGCGCGAAAUUUGAAUGUUCGAUGUUGAUACUAUACUUAUGUAUGACAGAAAAAUGUCUUCAUCGUGUGUACAAUAUUUAUUUUAAUAUAUAUAUAUAUAUUAAUAUAUUUAAAUAAAUAUUUAUAGUUUCGUUUGUGGUGAGUAUAAUUAAAAAAUCGUUAAGACUGUUUGUACAAAGGUUAUAUCGACUGACCAUAUGGAGAUUAGGUUUUUUUUUUCUUCUUCUUCUUCUUUCUAAUUUUAGAUUUCACGAGCAAACGAAGAUCGAUAUCUACUCAUACGAUUCAUUAAACGAUCUUCAUCUUAUAUGAGUCACGUGUGUAUGUGUGUUUAAGUAGAUAAAAUGCUAUUAUGUGAAUAUCGAUAAAUUACUUAUGAUAAGUUACUGAAAACAUAUCCAUGACGAAACUAAAGAUCUCAUUGAAAUGUCCCGAAUUAUCUAUCUCGCAAAAAGGUGCAUGUAAAAAUGUAAUGAUUCCUAUGUUUUACAAUCUAAUACGUAAAUAUAAUUAUUGUAUAGAUAAUU